AUGUAUGGAAGGCCCGUCUACGAGAGGACUCUCUCAGAGUCCCAGCUGCUCGAGCAGCUCCCCUCCGAUCUCACGACGCUUAUUCGCACUGCGUCGGGGACUCAGUACCUCAACGCGAUUGCACUCGCCGCAUUGCACCCGGGAUGCACAGAGAGCGUUUUCACCCUCUACGAACCAAUCGUUGUUGAUCUAGCCGCUCGGUGGCUUCGAUCGGAUCCUCGUAUCGACUAUAUUCACGUCCUGUCGGCAUUCGCCCGCAUUCUACCGUUUGCGCCGCAUCUACGCCCGCUUGCCAGCCAAUUCGCCUCAUCACGCGCUGGCCCUCUCUCGGCGCUGGCGGCGUCGAAGGAACUGACUUUGCUGCAGUUGGAUGAUCCCACGGUUCGAACUCUUCUCCUCGCCCUCUUCCGACUCCUCUCUUUCGAUCUGGAAACAUUCUCGACAGCCGUUUCGCCGCUUCAACUUCAAUCUCUGUUCCAGCACCAAGAUCCAGUCAUUCGAUACCUCGCAGUCCGAUGUUUCGCUCUAUACAUGCACGCUGCCGACGCAGCCACCCAAAAGAUGCUAUAUGUAAAUACUGGAGCUGCGCCUAUACAAGGAGAUUGGGAAGACAUAACAAUCGACUACCGUCUUUUGGGCCUAUGGGAAGAGCGGCGCUGGGAGACUCUUGAAGCUCAUAUUCGGGACCAAAGAUCUUCUCGGUCAUAUACCGAGGCUUCCGCACAUGUUGAGAGGCUUCGGGAGUUCUUCACCACCAAAACCGCGGAGGUAUGCGGCGUCUUGAUUCCCAGGCUGAAGGAUACCCUCCCUUCAUCAUCUUCUCCCGUUAUCAAGACACCCACGGCUAUUGAAAAUCUGCGCCGCAUCGCAACGUCCUUGCUUGGAUCCAAGCCUAUUCUGCUAGUCGGCCUGCCUAACUCUGGGAAGACCUCCCUGAUCAACGAUAUCGCUGCCACUAUGGGCCAAGCCGAAUCCAUGGUCACCCUCCACCUGAACGAACAGACAGACGCCAAGAGUCUUCUUGGGAUGUAUGCUACCUCGUCCGCCAAUGGGUCCUUUUCAUGGCAGCCGGGUGUUUUGACGAAGGCUGCGAGGGAAGGUCGUUGGGUCCUCAUUGAAGACCUAGAUCGCGCUCCCUCUGAGGUCAUCGGCCUCAUCCUUCCGAUCAUUGAGCGAGGGGAGUUGACGAUCGCCAGCCGAAGGGAGCGGAUCAAGUGUGCAGAGGGCUUCAGGAUUAUUGCGACAAUGAAGUCUUCAUACAACAUCGCGGGUGAAGAAGUCGCCCCGAAUACGUCAAUGCUUGGCAGCAGAUUGUGGCAGAGAGUGCAAGUUGCCUCUCUUCCCUUGGAAGAAAUGCGCAAUGUGAUCCUGCGAAAGUUCCCUCUGCUUGAGUCUCGUGUGCCAACCAUCAUGGAUGUGUACCACAGAGUCUGCGCUGCUUUCCAUGGAAGCCUUGCCAUCAAGGGCUCGCAAGGCCGUACCCCCGGAUUCCGCGACCUGAUCAAACUGUGCAGCAGAUUGCACCGACGACUCCAACGUAUAGGUGCGAAGACUGGGUUUGAAGCUACGCCUGAGGGGAUCGAAGACGAAAUUUUUCUGGAUGUGGUCGACGUCUUUCUCAAGUACCUUCCGGAAAGAUCGAUGCAGAGUUCUCUCGCUUUUGUGGUAGCCGAAGCGCUUCAGAUCUCGCCCCAGCGAGCCCAAUUCUGCCUUCAGGAGCGCACUCCCACCUAUACGGAUAAGAACAAUUCUCUCGUCAUCGGAAGAGAAUCUUGUCAGAAGAUCAAGGUUCCGAGCAGCUCGGCAUUGAAGCUGGCAGCAUCAGCAUCUCGCUUUGCCUCUACGCGAGCUGCACUGUCAAUCAUGGAGCAGGUCGCCGCCUCCAUCCAAAUGGCGGAGCCAGUGCUACUCGUUGGAGAAACUGGUAUCGGAAAGACGACAGUUAUUCAACACCUUGCCACGCUGAUGCGCCAAAAGCUCACAGUUGUCAAUCUGUCCCAACAAAGUGAAAGUACCGACCUGCUGGGUGGGUUCAAGCCUGUUAAUAUUCGAACAAUGGCAAUCCCGAUGCUCGAUGAGUUCAACCAGCUAUUUGAGCUCACAUUCUCGGCAAAGAAGAACCAGAAGUUUUUGUCUUCGGUGUCCAAAAGUGUUUCUUUCUCGAACUGGCCGCGCUUGGUGAACUUGUGGCAUGAAGCUGUUCGUCUUGCGGAUGGCGCCUUCAAACCAUCUCGCGAUGUUUCAAAGGACACUGAGAAUGGCGAUGAGCAGCCCUCAAAGAAGAGGAAGUUGGAGUCACCGAAAUACCAACACCUUCGACAGAGAUGGGAGAGUUUUGCCGCUCAGCUUGGUGACUUCGAGGCUCAAGUUUCUCAGGGAGAUGCCAAGUUUGCAUUUGCCUUUGUGCAAGGAAAAAUUGUGCGAGCUCUCAGAAAUGGAGAAUGGGUUCUUCUGGACGAAGUGAACCUUGCUUCACCAGAUACACUCGAGAAUAUUGCCGGUCUCUUGCAUCAUGGUAGCGAGGGGUCGCCAUCUGUCUUACUUUCCGAGGCUGGCGAUGUCGAGCGAGUUUUUGGCCACCCAGACUUUCGUAUAUUUGGCGCUAUGAACCCUGCUACGGAUGCUGGAAAGAGAGAUCUGCCCCCUGGCCUGCGUACACGAUUUACCGAGUUUUACGUCCAUUCCCCCGACACUGAAUUGGACGAUCUCCUGGCGUUGAUACAGAAGUAUCUCGGCGACUUGACUCUUAGCGACCAUCGAGCUGUGUCAGAUCUUGCGCAACUAUACAUGGAAACCAAGAAGCUCAGCAACGAGAACAAGCUGACCGAUGGAGCCGGACAGCGCCCGCACUUCAGCAUUCGAACUCUUGUUCGCGUUCUCAUCUAUGUCAUUGACCACGCCCACAUUUACGGUUUGCGACGAGCAAUUUUCGAAGGAUUCAGCAUGAGCUUCUUGACCGUGUUGAGCUUGGCGUCAGAGCGGUCUCUCACACCUCUCCUGGAAGCUCACAUCUUCGGCAACACCAAGAACGCAAAGUCUCUUCUUGGCCAAACCCCUCGGCCUCCGGCGGAUGGCAAUAACUAUGUUCAGUUUAAGCAUUACUGGAUGCGAUGCGGUCCUUUGACACCAGAGGAGCAACCCCACUACAUCAUUACCCCUUUCAUCGAGAAGAACCUCAAGAACUUGGUCAGGGCCACUUCGACUCGUCGAUUCCCCGUUCUGCUGCAGGGUCCGACUUCGGCUGGAAAGACGAGUAUGAUCGAGUAUCUGGCAAAGGUUUCGGGAAAUAAGUUCGUCCGCAUCAACAAUCACGAACAUACAGAUUUGCAGGAGUAUCUGGGAUCCUACAUUUCUUCGGAUGACGGUAGUCUGCGUUACCAGGAAGGUGUCCUGGUCGAGGCUCUGCGGAAUGGGUAUUGGAUCGUUCUCGACGAGCUCAACCUUGCCCCUUCUGAUGUACUGGAGGCACUUAAUCGACUUCUGGACGACAACCGUGAGCUGUUCAUUCCGGAGACCCAAGAGGUCGUUCAUCCACACCCGAACUUCAUGCUGUUUGCCACGCAGAAUCCCGCAGGUCUUUAUGGUGGCCGAAAGGUCCUCUCACGCGCUUUCCGCAACCGCUUUCUUGAACUGCACUUCGAUGAUAUCCCCGAGAGCGAGCUGGAAUUUAUUCUGAAAGAACGGUCUCAAAUCGCGCCGUCAUUUUGCACUCGAAUCGUCUCGGUUUAUAGAAAACUCUCAUUAUUGCGCCAAUCGAACCGGCUUUUUGAACAGAAGAACAGCUUUGCCACGCUCCGUGAUCUUUUCCGCUGGGCUCUUCGGGAUGCCGACGACAAGGAGCAACUGGCUAUCAACGGUUACAUGCUUUUGGGAGAACGCGUGCGCAAUCCCCAGGAAAAGGCCGCUGUGAAAGCCGUAAUUGAAGAAGUAAUGAAAGUCAAACUGAACGAGGAUGUCCUUUACAGCGAUGCGCAACUGGAAAAGCAUGCUCCUCAAAUAGCCGAACUACCUGCCGGUAUUGUUUGGACCAAGGCCAUGCGGCGUCUCUUCAUUCUGGUCUCGAAAGCACUGCAAAACAACGAACCGGUCCUUCUUGUUGGAGAGACUGGGUGCGGCAAAACCCAGCUUUGCCAGGCGGUUGCGGAGGCUUUCGCGAGGGAGCUGUUCAUUGUCAAUGCUCAUGUCAAUCUGGAGACUGGCGAUUUGAUUGGUGCCCAACGACCAAUCCGCAACCGGGCCGCCAUAGAAAAGCAAUUGCUGGAUGAUCUUCGAACAUUUAUUUACGGAGAACAGGCUGGUUCAACUUCCCUCGAACAGCUGAAGCAAGAACUGGCCGCAAUGGAUGCAGAAGUGCGGCAAACAAGAGACCAAGAACUACUCAGGAAGAUCGAAAAGAAUAUGAUUCGGUGCAACGCUCUUUUCGAAUGGUCUGAUGGAAGCCUUAUCACUGCCAUGAAAACAGGCCAAUUUUUCCUCCUUGAUGAGAUUUCCCUCGCCGACGAUUCUGUCCUUGAGAGACUCAACAGUGUUUUGGAGCCUCAUCGAUCAAUUCUCCUUGCUGAGAAAGGUCCUAUUGACUCUAUGGUCGUUGCAGAUGGCGGGUUCCAGUUUUUAUCGACCAUGAAUCCCGGCGGAGACUACGGAAAACGAGAGCUUUCAGCAGCACUCCGGAAUCGUAUGACUGAGAUCUGGGCACCGCAACUGUCAGAAGAUGAGGAUAUUCUGCCCAUUCUUCAUAUGAAGCUGAGCUUGAAGGAUGAAAGAGUCGCCAAAGCCAUGUUGCAGUUUGCGAAAUGGUUUAAAGCAACGUUCCAAAACACCUCAACCACAUCUCUUUCCAUUCGUGAUCUUCUUGCUUGGGUAGAUUUUGUCAAUACGUGUCAGACAUCUGAUGCCGUAUUCGCAAUUGUUCAAGGUGCUGCCAUGGUGUUCGUUGAUACACUAGGCGCGAACCCGGCUGCGAUGCUUGCUAUCUCCUUGCACAAUCUUGAGGGUAAUCGACAAUUGUGCCUUGACAAACUCGGCGAAUUGUUCCAGGUCGAUGCCUCGAAGAUUUACUGGGAGUCGUCAACCGUCUCCGUGGAGCCAGGAUUUCUACACGUUGGCCCGUUCAGCCUGCCGACGAUUGGAGACACAGAGCCUGAUCCACAAUUCACUAUGGAUGCCCCAACAACAAUAGCCAAUUCCGUUCGAAUUGCCCGUGGUCUGCAAUCGUCGAAACCCAUUCUCAUGGAAGGAAGCCCUGGCGUCGGCAAAACCACGCUUGUGACAGCUCUUGCCAGAGCUCUCGGCAAACCUCUCACUCGAAUCAAUUUGUCAGAACAAACGGACUUGACAGAUUUGUUUGGUUCUGAUGUCCCCGUGGAAGGUGGAGAUGUCGGACAAUUUACAUGGCGCGAUGCACCCUUCCUCCGAGCCAUGCAGCGUGGCGACUGGGUCCUUUUGGACGAAAUGAACCUGGCUUCGCAAUCUGUUCUUGAAGGUCUAAAUUCUUGUCUGGACCACCGUCAGCAGGUAUAUAUUGCCGAACUCGACCAGACUUUCAAAAGGCAUCCAGACUUUGUACUAUUCGCAGCCCAAAACCCACACCAUCAGGGCGGUGGACGAAAGGGACUUCCUGCAUCCUUUGUCAACCGGUUCACAGUGGUAUACGCAGAUAGCUUCACAGAUGCCGAUUUGAAGAGCAUUUGCGCCAAGCUGUUUCCCGGCAGUCCUUCUCAGCAGACAGAAAGACUGGUUGACUUCAUCUCCUUGCUGAACAUUGCCAUUGUGAACGAACGCAGGUUAGGUACUGUUGGCGGGCCAUGGGAAGUCAACCUGCGAGAUAUUCAGCGAUGGCUCCAACUGGCAGACCGAGGGAAUUUGCAGAUUCCGACAAAGCACUUCCUGGAUAUUGUCAUCAGUCAACGGUUUAGGAGCGAAGAGGAUCGAGUUUUGGUUUCCCAGCUUUAUGACCGCAUUUUCACAGACUCCAAUGUUGGUCGAAAGAGCUACUAUCACAACCUGACACCGGAGUAUCUGCAAGUUGGCCUAGGAAUCUUGUCCCGAGACUCCCUCUUGCAACGCACAGCUGAACCGCAAAUGAAGAUCCUUCCUAAAGAUCUCCAUGUCCUCGAGUCGCUCAUCCUGUGCAUCGACAAUUCCUGGCCGAGUAUUCUGGUUGGGCCAGCUGGAUGUGGCAAAACGACACUGAUCAGAAAGCUUGCCGCCGUCAAUGGUGCGAAUCUGACGGAGCUGGCUCUCAGUGCUGAUACCGACACCAUGGACCUUAUCGGUGGCUUUGAGCAAAUCGAUCACCGAAGGGAAGUCUCAACCUUUGUCCAUGAUCUUGAGAUCUUUCUUCAGCAUCAGAUAUUGCACGCGCAUGCAUCAGGUGAGGUCACAGAUGUCGUUACCUCAGCCCUCCAGAUUUGCGAGCACCUCAAGAGCUCCGAGGCCUCACUGGAUGCCAUUCUCUCGUCACUGUCCAAUUUGUGCCAGUCUUACCCUGAACCAACCCUUCAGCAAUUGCUCAGCAGAGCCCAAAGCCUGGGAGAUGCUAUCAACCAGUCCGACAAAAUGAAGGUUGGUUUCGAAUGGACUGAGGGUGUUUUGACCCAGGCCGUCCAGCAUGGGUACUGGGUUGUUCUCGACAAUGCCAAUCUGUGUAAUCCAUCUGUCCUGGAUAGAUUGAACUCCCUGACUGAGCCGAAUGGUACCCUCAUUCUCAACGAACAACGUACGGAGGAUGGAUCUGCUCGCAUUAUCAAGCCGCAUCCCAAUUUCAGACUCUUCCUGACCGUGGACUCUCGUCACGGGGAGUUGUCUCGAGCCAUGCGGAACAGAUGCGUUGAGAUCUGCUUCAUGGCGAACGAGCUUCAACAGAGUCCCGCUUCACUCGGCCCAUCUUACACCUGUGAAUCCUCUCUCUAUCGCAUGCGCCAAAUUUGGAACACCAACAUCUCCGUGCCUUCGGCUGCGUAUGAAGACUCAUUCGAAGUACGCUUGGAUCAUUUGUCCCCAACAGACCUUUCCUACCUUCAACAGUCACCCGGCAUAUCGCUUAGCCACCUUUACGAUUCCAAUGUGAAAGAGCAAGCAUUCAAUGUGCUGCAGCGCUAUUCCUCUCUGCUUCAUGACAACGAACAAUGGAGACCUCUCGACAUCGCAGGAAACCAAAUUGAUCUAGGCGGAGCAUCUCUUGGGCUCCAGGGAUCUUUGCAGCCACUUCACCCUCUUGUGAACGAACCUCUCGUUUCAAUUAUCGGAGCUAGUGAUGUCCGAUCGGGGCUCAGCAUUCUAGCCUAUUUGCAAGAGUUCAGGCUCAACAUCCAACAGUUGAAACAGAGAAUGCUUCAAGCAGAUGCAUCCGGAAAGCAGCUGAAGCCAAGUCAAAUGACACGUUUGGAGCGAUCACUGGCCUCGAAACGGAUACCCUCUCUGAUGAAGGACACGACGCAACCUGUUGGCGAUUUCUUGUCGGAUUGUGGUCAAACCCUGUACGACUACAUUCAAGGCUUGGAUCAUGUCGCUAUUCAAACCCCUGAAAUCGUUACGGCUAUCCAAGCAGUGAUUUACCUCUGCUGGGAUAUUUUCAGGGCCACGGAAGUCAGCCAGGUUGACGAGGGUGAAUUCCAGGUCUAUCUUCAGAUUGGUCGGAAGGUUUGUGCCGCGAUUCUCAGCACGUUACCAGUUCUGAAGCCACUGGAACUCGCACUGUCCCACGCGCUGGACCGUUUCCAGGAAGGCUGGGCAUUGAAGACGGGUCUUAGUAUGCAAAGAAUGUGGGAUGCUUGGAGGCCUGUCACUCCUAUCACGCAGGAAAAGCUGCAGUCCUUGAUCGAGCUGGAGACCACAGUAUUUGAUUUCACUACCUUGGCUUUGCAAAUGCGAAUCGACCUUUCUCAAUUGAGCAGCAUCAGAAACUCGCUGAUCGAUGCCCAACGAUUCAUCCUUCUGGACGGCGCCGAUGCAGAUGCACUUGUGCAGGGAAUCAAGCAGACUGUGACGGAACUCUCUCAAGCUGUUCGACGCUCCGAUUCGACUCAAUACCCAUACUUCUCGGAAGAGUUUGAAGCGUUGUGCCAAUACCAUGACCUUCCUCUCUCGAGCAAGCGGAGCCGAGACGACCCAGUGAUCCGAACAGUCAUGCCAUUGCUCGCCGGUCGCCCUGCACGCCCCUUGGACACAUCUAAUUUCCAGAGUUCCGUUCCGGACAUGCUCCAUAGGAUCUCACUCUUUUCGGGAGCGGCAAGCAAGUCAGGCUCUGCUCUUGCUGUAGAGGGCAUUGUUUCUUUGUCGCUGCUAGGCAAGCUGGCAUCAGUCAGUGCUACGAGUUUGGGGCAGAUGGACAUGCUUGAGGCAGAGAAACGAACACUCUCCAAGGCUAUUUCUUUCAGCAGUCAACAAAUCUCCAUUGAUCAGUCUAUGAAGCUCAGAAGCGUGCUUGCGACUUUGACAGCAGAGUUGGUGGUCUCUCACCAGGAAUAUCUUCAUCCACACUGUGCCCAACACCUGAUUACACUUCUUCGUGCUAUUGAGACUGGUGACUCGAUGGACAAUCAGGCUUUGGACGAGAUUAUCUUGGAUCAAGGUGUACCAAAUGAUCACUUCUUCAAGGCUUUCUCAAGGAAAGUUCUUCCGAGCCUCAUUCAAUCCUUGAAACAGCACCAUCUUGAUCGAGAGCAAAGCAUCAGGGCCACUGGGAUGGCAGCUGUGCAAUUGGCCGUCAUCCUUCUGAAGCUCUUCGUGCCGGACAAGCCGUUCGAUCCCUCUCUCGGUCUGGUCGUUCAACGCAAACGUCAUUCUCAACGCCUUGCCGAACUCAGUGCCAAGUCUGAAGCCAUUUCAUCGUUUGAAUUGACUUUCUCCGGUCAAUCUUGCAACUUGCGUUCAGAUCUCUUGCAGUCUGAAAUCCAGAAUCUGGGCUCUGCUCCUCCUCCGUCGUCAGUUACUCGGCCGCAGCAGUCGCAGCUCAGCCUUUUACAAGGCGAAUUCGCGAACUUGAUCAAUUCCGUUCUGAAUAGGGAUCCUGAGCAACUCUUGAGGUCGACCGAAGAUGUUCCGCGGUCGAAGGAGAUGAUUCGCCUGCUACGUGAGAACAUCCACCAACUGGGCCGUCGACUCAGUGCGCACUACAGGUCUUAUGACGACAUCACAGUUCCUGUUGUUCGUUUCCUUCAGCUGCUUGACGUUGGCCUGUCCCUCGGCUCUAGUCAUAUGGAGCAGUCUGGCGACCUUCAAGACAUUCAAUCCGUAAGCGAACGAACGCCAUUCUUAGGAGGCAAGAUUCACCCUGUCCUCACGACCGGCAACUCCGAGUAUCCCUCAUCAAGUCCAAGCAACGCAAUUCAGAUGCGCCUCCAUGAGCUUUCGACUCUUUCAGCCGCCAAAGGUGCAGACUCAACAAUUCUCAACGUCAAAUCUACGCGUGAUACUGUUCGCUGGAUAUUGGCAGACUUCCAUGCACUGUGGAAAACAAAGCUGAAAGAGGACCAGGAACAGGAGGCGGCAAAGUCGGACCUGUAUCGCUACAAAGGCUCGUGGGAAGAUGAAGAGGAGGUCAAUGAAACCGAAUUGCAUCAGCUUUUCCCUACUUACGAGGAUGACUCUCUCCAUGGACCUGAGGGUGUUGACCGCGUUGACCCUAGAGCCAUAUCUGUGCGACUUGCCUCGCUUCAUGAAAAGAUUGUUGGAGAUCAGUCCACCGGAGCGGAAUUGUCUACUUUCGUCAAAGAAUCUGCUCGCCUGCUAGGCUCCAUGUGGUCAAAAAACAAAACCACGUUGUCGCCCGUGCAGCCGCAGGAUCAUCUGCCUGCCGUUCUCUUGCUUCUGGACGAUGUGGUAGGAGAAGGGACCGAAAAUCGCCCGAAGAACUACAACUUCUACACCGACUCGAAUCUCCUCGAGGCUAGAAAGCUUGUGGAUUUCACGCUUGCUAUCCAGUCUCGCUUCCUUCAGAUCCAAACAGCCUGGCCCGAACAUGCUGUCCUCCAGGAUGUCAUUACCUGCUGUACGGAGAUACUUCAAUUCAAGCAUACCGAGCCGGUUGCCAAGUUUCUGACCAAGGUUGAGAAACUUCACUCUUUUGUUCACGAAUGGCAGCUGGUGGCUAGCAGAGAGUACUCGGCUGCUUCGCUCUAUGAUGAAAUCACGAAAAUGACCAUCGGUUGGCGCCGCCUGGAACUGUCAACGUGGGCAAAGCUACUGGAUCUUGAGAAGGAACGAUGUGAUGAAAACGCAAGUUCAUGGUGGUUCAUCGCCUACGAAGCCCUCUUCGGUGCUCCUGUUCAGAUGGCGGAGGCUGGUGAGACAGACUUGAGCGAGCACGUUUAUGGCGUGAUCUCCACCCUGGAGCAGUUCUUCCAAUCUACAACUCUGGGUCAAUUCACUCGGCGACUAAAUCUCGUUGCGAACUUCCAUGCUCUGCUUGCUGCCUUUGUCCAAGAUUUCGACUGCCUACAACCGCUUGUUUCUGCGCUGGGCAACUUCCUCUUCCAUUAUCGACCUUUCGAGGCGCCGGUGGAAAAGAUGCUCGCUGAGAAGAGGUCGACCCUUGAAAAAGACAUCAAGGAACAAAUUCAGCUGGCAAGUUGGAAGGACACUAAUAUCGUUGCGCUGAAGGUAAGCGCCAGAAGGUCGCACGUCAAUCUGUUCAAACUGGUCCGCAAGUAUCGCCAAGUUCUCGGCCAAUCAGUGCAGCCUGUCCUCGAACAAGGCCUGCCGGAUACCAAUGGAGAGGCUAGUCAAGCUGAAACUGUGAUGUCAGCUCCGCCUUCUGUGUUCCCUGAAGCCUUGAUCAUUUGCCAAAAGGAUACCCAGUUGUGGUCAAGCAGAGCACUCAGAUUCCGAAACCCAGACGGCACAGCUGGGAACAUGAUGAACGUGUAUUCGUCACUUCCUGCGGAGUUCGACGUGUCCAAUGAACUUGAGGCUUUCACAGUUUCCGUCAUCGAGAGCAUCGACGAAUUCAAGUCUCAGACGCCGAAGACGCUCACUGAGGAAAACAAGGAUGAUGUCCAGCAUCUCAAGGUGCAAAAGCGUCGACUCUACGCGGAUACUCUCAAACGCCUCUUCGAGAUGGGCGUGAAGCGCAAUGCCGGAACCAGUGUGAUCGAAACUCAGACCUCGCUCGCACAAGUCCUUGCCACCAGCGCAGAGUUUGAAUAUGGCAGUACUACCCCGAGCUCGAUCCAAAGUGCCGACUCGUACUUCCACAGGCUUCUGGACUACCUGCCCCGUGCCCGCCUGGCUUCGCGCAAUUAUUCCGAGGAACUCAGCAACGUCGAGGUUUUCAGAAGCAUGGGAUCUAUUGAGCACCUUCUUUUCAUAUCCAGGAGACAGAGAGGUAUCAUCUCGCCAACGCUUUCCGAACUGGCGAGAUUCAGAUCUACGCUCGGCACGAUGGAGAAUCUCUGGACAACGGGCUCGGCGUUGCUCUCAAGAGCCCAGCCGGCCGAAGUGGAAGAUCGGACAGACUUGACUCGGGUUGUUGCUUGGUUGAUUCCUAUUCUUGAAUUGGCCAGCACGAUUCUUCAAGUGCAUUCGAAGUUCUCGAGUCUUGAUGCCUCUUCAAUCGUUGAAGAGCUACUCACCAACAAAUCUGGGCUUGAGAAGCUGCGCCGAUCUCUCGAUACCCUGGCUGUUUUGCCAUCUGGUGUUGGUUCCAAAACGCACCAGGAGACUGUGCAGCGGACGCGUUCGGCACUUGAGCAGUUGAGCCAUGACUUGACGCGAUGGAGCCAGUCCCGUCCCGACUUGUCCUUUGCUUUGGAUCAAAUAGCCCCCUGGGUCCACAUCAAGCUCGUCUCUCGCUCGGAAUCCAUAGCACAAGGCGAUAUUUCUCUCCAAAGCUUCGACAAGAAUCUUCUUGGGGCCAUUGACAAGAUGCUCAUCGGUCUCCAGCAGCUCAAGGAUGUGCCUUCCGCUAUUGACUUCCCUGGACAACUAUCCAGAAGCGAUGAGUUCUUCGCACGGGCAUUGAAGGCCGUCCAUCUUCCCGAAAUCACGUCGUCGCUGCAGGCUGCUCUUGAUCAAAUCCAAAGCCUGCAAAACCACUCCUCUGGCGAUAUUUCCACCGCGGCCGCUCUAGUUACCAGCGUUCUCCCAAUUGCCAACAGAUACUAUCAGAUCUGCCAAGAUCUGACGAAUCGCUUCAUCUCAGUCCACCGUGAGGUCUGCAAGACGUCGUACAUCCUGACCAAGACGUUCACGCAGAUAGCCUCUGAGGGCUUCUGCAGUCCAGCUGAGGCAUCCGAAGAGUCUGGUAAAGAUGGCAAGUUGGAGAGUGGAACGGGUCUCGGUGACGGGGAAGGCGCUGAAGACAUCAGCAAAGACGUCGGAGAGGACGAAGAUCUCUCGGAGCUGGCGCAGCAGGAGAAGAAAGAAGACGCUAAGGAAGAGAUGGAUGACUCCGCUGACGCUGUCAACAUGGAUCAAGAAGAACUUCAGGCCGAGACUGGUGAACAGCAGGACGGCGAAGAGGACAAGGAAAAGGAUGAGGAUGGUUCCGAAGAGGAGGACAAUAUCGAUGACGAAGUAGGAAGUGUCGACGAUCUUGAUAAUGCCGCUGUUGAUGAGAAGCUCUGGGACGGUGACCACGACGAACAACAGAAAGAGACCGAGAACAACGAAGGCAAGGGAACUGGCGAGGCUGAAGAUCAGGCUGCUGCACAGGAACAAAAGAAGGAGGAUGAGAAGGGAGAGAAGGGAGACGAACAGGAGGAUGAAGAAGCUGACGAGGAUGAAGAGGCACCUGAUGAUGAAGGCGAGGCGGUUGGUCGUGAAGAUAUGGAUGUGACAGACCCUCAGACCAAGGAAGAGGAUGCCCUGGACCUUCCAGAGGAGAUGCAGUUGGACGGCGAUGAGAAGGAGGGAGGCGAGGAAGAUGAUGAUGAUGGCAUAGAUGACAUGUCCGACAUGGGCCCUCUUCCCGAAGACGACGAGAAGAUGCAAGAGCAGGAUGAACAAGGUGGAGAUGAGGAUGCGGAUAUGCCACCUGAUGAGGAAGUGACAGGAGAGGAUGAAGAAAUGGGCGACGAAGGCGGUGCCGACGAAGCUGAAGAGAACGGUGAUGAGAAGGAAGCCGACGGUGAAGAACCCGAGGAGCCAGAACAAGACGACUUCCUUGCCCAGCGCGACGAAAAUGAGGCCGCCGGCGACAAUGUUGCUGAAAGUGAAGCUGUCACUGGUGGACUGGGUGCUGAUCAGGACCAAAAUGAGGAGAAGGGUGCUUCUGGUGAUGCCCAGCAGGAGAGCGGCUCAAAUGAUCCUAGCGCCAAUGCAGAACAACAAACGGGUGCUGCAAAGGAUAGCGAAGAAAGCAAGCGAAGCCGGGACGCGGGUGGUGCCGACGAUAUGACCCCCAACGACCCUCAAAUGCAAGCCUUCAAGAAACUGGGCGAUAUCCUCGAGCAAUGGCAUCGACGACAAAAGGAGGUUUUGAACGCAUCGCAGGAAGAGGAAGACUCGCAGCCUCUACCUCAAGAUACCGAUAUGGCCGAUGCGGAUUUCGAGCACCUCAAGGACGACGAUGAUGUCGCUGACACCCAGGCUCUCGGACAAGCGAGUGAGGACCAGACACAGGCCCUCGACCAGAACAAGGGCGUGGAGUCUGAUAUCAAGCCGGGGGAGAAUGAAGUGCUCCCGGAUGUCUCGGACGACUAUCAAGACGCUCUGGACAAUCAACUCGAAGACCAGAUGCAGUUGGACCGCGAUACCGUUACUACGGAUGACCAAGCGGCUGGAGCUUUUAUUCCCAGUGGCCAGACCUCCCAUGACCGUAUGGACGGCGCGCCAGAGGCACAAGAAGCUACGGAGGAACUGGACGAAGUUGACACGCAACUCGCGGCUAUCCACCUCUCCUCCUCGCUGCCCGCAUUGACACCCCAACAUGAAGCCAGGCGCCUGUGGUCGCGCUACGAAUCUGCGACGAACGACCUCUCACUGUCCCUGACCGAGCAGCUCCGUCUCAUCCUCGCCCCGACGCUAGCCACCAAGCUCCGCGGCGACUUCCGCACCGGCAAGCGUCUCAACAUCAAGCGUAUCAUCCCCUACAUCGCAUCCCAAUACAAGCGCGACAAGAUCUGGAUGCGGCGCUCGAUCCCCUCAAAACGGAACUACCAAAUCAUGCUCGCCGUCGACGACAGCAAAUCCAUGCUGGAAAGCGGCAGCGGCCAACUCGCGUUCGAGACGCUGGCCCUGGUAGCCAAGAGUCUGAGCAUGCUCGAAGUCGGAGAUCUGUGCGUCCUGGGCUUCGGUAAUGAGGAACACGUCCGCGUCGCGCACGAGUUCGGCAAACCCUUCUCCUCUGAGGCCGGCAUGCAGGUGUUCCAGCAUUUCAGCUACCAGCAAACCGGCACAAAUGUGCGCAAGUUGAUCGCCGACUCGAUCGCGCUCUUCCGUGAGGCACGCUGGAAGCGCUCCCCUGGCGCUGGCUCCGCGGAUCUGUGGCAGCUUGAGCUGAUUAUCUCCGACGGUAUCUGCGAGGACCACGAUACUAUCCGUCGUCUUGUGCGCCAGGCUCUUGAGGAACGCAUUAUGAUUGUCUUUAUCAUCGUUGAUGCGGUCAAGGGCAGCUCCAUCCUUGAUCUUUCGCAGGCGAGCUUUGAGCCUGAUCCCAUGGCUGGUGGCGAGAUGAAGCUUUCUAUGAAACGGUACCUGGAGGGUUUCCCUUUCCCCUACUAUCUUGUUGUUCGGGAUGUGCGUGAGUUGCCGGCUGUGCUCGCCACCGCGCUGAAGCAAUGGUUUGCCGAGGUGGUUGAUGUGUCGUCGUGA